UGCACCCAAAAAUUUGUCUCCAUGGCUAGUUCCAUCUCCGGCAACCUAGGCGAGGAAGUUGCAAGAUCCAUAUCAGAAGAAUCACCGAGUCAUUACAUACUAAAGAUACAGUCAUUUUCAUUACUUAUAAAGAAUGGCAUAGAAAAAUAUGAAUCUGGAGAGUUUGAAGCUGGUGGAUACAAAUGGAAACUGCUUCUGUACCCAAAUGGAAACAAGAGCAAAAAUGUGAAAGAGCACCUUUCUCUCUACUUGCUUUUGGCUGAUGUUAGUUCUCUCAUUCGUCAUAGUCGGGAGGUCCACGCUAUUUUCCGGUUUUUCUUGCUUGAUCAGAGCAAGGACAAGUACUUGAUAGUUCAUGAUGCCAAGGAAGAGGACAGGCGCUUUCACAGAUUGAAGCAUCAAUGGGGAUUUGAUGAGUUCAUCCCAAUUAGAAUGUUUAAUGACGUUUCCAAUGGAUACCUCCUGGAGGACAAUUGUGUGUUUGGAGCUGAAGUGUUUGUUACCAAGGAAAUGAGCUCAGGAAAAGGAGAAAGCUUAUCAAUGAUAAAAGAUGCUGUGAGUUCCAAGCAUGUUUGGAAGAUUGAAAACUUUUCCAAAUUAGAUUCAGAAUGCCAUGAAUCACAAGAAUUUUUUGCUGGCGAUCAGAAAUGGAAAAUACAGCUUUAUCCAAACGGAAGACGAAAUGGAUCGGGCACUCAUAUCUCCAUGUAUUUGGCUUUGGCAGAUACAGCCAGUACUCUUAUGGCUGGUUCUAGAAUACUUGCAGAGUUCACUUUGCGUAUUCAGGACCAACAGCAGAACAGGCACAUUGCAGGAAAAUAUAGUUACUGGUUUAGUGCCUCAAACCAUGAAAGUGGGUGGGCAAAAUUUGUUUCUUUCCCGUAUUUCUAUCGUUCGGGCAUUGGCUUUCUAGUGAAGGAUAUAUGCAUGGUGGAAGCAGAGGUGACUGUCCAGGCAGUUGCUACUACAUUGUAA